UUUAAAUUUGCUACCUUUUCUUUCACAUGGAGAAGGGGUUCACAAUCCAGUUGAGUUCCGAGAGGAAGCAUUACCGUCUGGUCGGAGACACCGUGACCAUCGACUUUUGUCUUCACCACCGAUGGGGAGCAUUGGUGAGGAAGUAAAAGAAGAACGAAUAAUAUAACUGUUGUUUGCAUGCACAACAGCGUGUUAAAUGUCCGAAUCCAAUGGUAAGGGCAAUUUUAAAACCGGUAAAGUGGUGGUAGUAGUUAACGAAAGGAAUGAGCGGGCAAUUAUUUUAAAAUUAUAGAAUUACCAUUUCUGAUGAAGAUAAUCUAUCGUCUCUAAAAAUCCAACUUUAAAUUUUAUUUCAGAGGAAACUAUCAAUAAAUUAGAUGUGAUUUAGAUCCUAUAAAUCGUGGAUCCUUCAAAAUUUACUGAAGUGAACUUUCACACGUAUCAUAGCAUAUUUUUUUUUUUGCGCUCUUCUCGUUUCUUCAAAGUAAGUCAUCGUUUUAAUUUCUGAGAAACACACGGGCGUUAGAUGCACACAUUUAAAAAAAAAAGAAUUGAAACUGUCUAUUCGUAUUACUAUAAAAAAAAAAGUGAAACUGUCUAUUCGUAUUACUAUAAAAAAAAGAAGAAUUGAAACUGUCUAUUCGUAUUACUAUAAAAAAAGAAGAAUUGAAACUGUCUAUUCGUAUUACUAUAAAAAAAAGAAGAAUUGAAACUGUCUAUUCGUAUUACUAUAAAAAAAAGAAGAAUUGAAACUGUCUAUUCGUAUUACUAUAAAAAAAAAGUGAAACUGUCUAUUCGUAUUACUAUAAAAAAAAGAAGAAUUGAAACUGUCUAUUCGUAUUACUAUAAAAAAAGAAGAAUUGAAACUGUCUAUUCGUAUUACUAUAAAAAAAGAAGAAUUGAAACUGUCUAUUCGUAUUACUAUAAAAAAAGAAGAAUUGAAACUGUCUAUUCGUAUUACUAUUUUAAAAAAGAAUUGAAACUGUCUAUUCGUAUUACUAUAAAAAAAAGAAUUGAAACUGUCUAUUCGUAUUACUAUAAAAAAAAGAAUUGAAACUGUCUAUUCGUAUUACUAUAAAAAAAGAAUUGAAACUGUCUAUUCGUAUUACUAUAAAAAAAGAAUUGAAACUGUCUAUUCGUAUUACUAUAAAAAAAAAGAAUUGAAACUGUCUAUUCGUAUUACUAUAAAAAAAAAAUUGAAACUGUCUAUUCGUAUUACUAUAAAAAAAAGAAGAAUUGAAACUGCCUAUUCGUAUUACUAUAAAAAAGAAUUGAAACUGUCUAUUCGUAUUACUAUAAAAAAAGAAUUGAAACUGUCUAUUCGUAUUACUAUAAAAAAAAAGAAUUGAAACUGUCUAUUCGUAUUACUAUAAAAAAAAAGAAUUGAAACUGUCUAUUCGUAUUACUAUAAAAAAAAAAGAAUUGAAACUGUCUAUUCGUAUUACUAUUAAAAAAAAGAAUUGAAACUGUCUAUUCGUAUUACUAUAAAAAAAAAGAAUUGAAACUGUCUAUUCGUAUUACUAUAAAAAAAAAUUUGUUUAAACAAAUCCAACCCACAGUUGCAUCACCACACAUUCAGCUCGAGCACGUUGAGGCUUCAGAGAUUGCAACCUCUUUAUCGCAUAGAAAUGACCGUCAUUUCGUGGAGUCGUCAUCCCCAAAUAUAGACGUGACCGCCCCAAACGUCGGCGUGAACGGUAAAUAUUCACAUUUUGUUGCUCUAAGUUAUAAAAUCUUUACACAUUUUUUUUUUAUAAGAGAAAGUCAACACAACUGAAAAUACCCCAAAUGGUGCUUCUUAAAAUUAACAUGUAGAAACUAGAUAAAAAAAAGGCUGACAAUAAAAUAAUUGAAUAUGGGGGAGAAGCGCGAUCAUGAUGAAGUUAGAUGAAAUAUGUAAACACAGAGUCACGGUUAUGAUUCUUAUAUUAUUAUCUUUCAAAUGUUGAAUCUUUCUCAGCUGCCAAUUUGUUUUAGAACGAAUCGUGGUCUAAUUCCUUUUACUGUCUUUUUUUCACCUUUUUAACCUAUGUUCAUUCACUUAAUAAUCCAAAGUUAAAUUUCAAUAUUUUUUGAAAGUACACAUAGGUUUUUAUAUUAUUUAAAAAAAUAAAAAUAAUAAAGUUAUUUUUAGAUCCUUAUUUUGUGAUUUUCACUGCCAGAACUUCUUGCCGAAUAGUUUGCUCUUUACCUAACCUGUGUCAUAUAUAUUUCGUACAGAAAACAUGUUUCUGCUUUCUGAAAUAUUUAUUUUAAAGCAGUAAAGAUCAGUAAACUAUAAUUUAGUAAAAAAAUAUUGCUUCUGCUUGUUAGAUUAUUUAAUUUCAAGCAGCACUGUCCACAUGUCCGCAGCUGCCAUGGUUACCGCUCAAACCAAUGAAACGAUGUCCCAGCACCUUACACCAUCGUCAUCUUCAGUGGCGUUACUGCCCACGUAGGGCCCUGGCCUGCCCCACCAAAUCCUUCCAUUCGGAUGGAUCCAGAACUUUGCAACAGUUUUUGCGAUAUCGAUAGGCUCACACACAUCAAAAUUAAUUUGUUAAAAACAAAAGUUUUAAUUCUAUGACUCGCCGGUCAAAAUGUUGCCAUGACUUAAAAUAUUUUCUGAAACGAUUUGAAUGCAACCCCUUUUUGCAAAAUGAGAUAGUGAUAACUGUAAUCUUUCUUCUGAGGUGCCUUUACACGCUAUUGGUGACUAUAUUAUUAUCGGCUAUGUAAUUCUAAUUUACAUUUUAAAAGGGAAGCGAUGAACCUACAAUUCAAGUCAUGGUUAUUAUUCUUUAAAAAAAAACUAAAAAAAAACACCUUUGACGAAGUGAAAAAUGAUUUUUAAUAAUUACCUUGUUUGUCGGAAGAAGAUAAAUACUGAAAUUUAAAUGUAAAUCAAAUAAUAAUGAUGGACGCAUAUUUAUUAAAGUUGUGUUUUAAAAAAAGUUUUGUUUUCCUUAAAAAUAUUUAUUAAAAAAAAAUAAAUUAUAAAAUAAAUAAAAGACAGUGAUUCUCUUAUUCUGACAUGUGCUUUCAUUUGUGUUUUCUUCUAGAUAUUAGACACCGCUCACAUGUUUCUAGGAAUCCAAGGAGACAACAAAACAGGAUCAAUCUUUUUACAGGUAAUGUUAAGUUUAGUGUUAAGUUUAGUGUCCUGUUUUUAUAUAUUUUUAAACUAAUAAUAAAAGAAAGUCGAAUAAGCUUUCUGCUUUGACUUAAGCCUAUCUAUCCAAUUUCUUCUUCUUUGCUUUGCAGUAGUCAACUCCAAAUGGGACACAUGAACCUCAAAAAGAAAUUAUUUCCACAACUUCCGGUCUCUUGCUAUCUUUUGCAACUCUUUCAAUCUCUUUUUCUACCAUAAUGAAAUCUUUUUCAACCUCUGAUCGUCGGUACUUAUGUACGUGUGUGUGUGUGUGUGUAUGUGGGGGGGGGGGAAGGAAGGGGGUUCCCCCACCCUAUUAUUUUUACUUAUGGAUUAGAUAGCUUAAGAAGAUUUGUUUCAAAAAUGGUGGGAUUAUGACUGUAAGAAGAUGGAAUCUAAGCGGUAAUGCCGGUUGGGGUGGUUUUAUCUCGGUGAUAAUAACUGUACAGUAGGUAGUGGCAUCUAUGUGGUGAUGCCUGUACAAUGGCUGGUAUCUAUGUGGUGAUGCCUGUACAAUUGCUGGCAUCUAUGUGGUGAUGCAUGUACACUGGCUGGUAUCUAUGUGGUGAUGCCUGUACACUGGCUGGUAUCUAUGUGGUAAUGACAGUACAAUGGGCGGUAUCUAUGUGGUGAUGCCUGUACAAUGGCUGGUAUCUAUGUGGUAAUGACUGUACAAUGGCUGAUAUCUAUGUGGUAAUGACUGUACACUGGCUGGUAUCUAUGUGGUGAUUCCUGUACAAUUUCUGGUAUCUAUUUGGGAAUGACUGUACAAUGGCUGGUAUCAAUGUGGUAAUGACUGUACACUGGCUGGUAUCUAUGUGGUGAUGCCUGUACAAUUUCUGGUAUCUAAGUGGUAAUGACAGUAUAAUGGGCGGUAUCUAUGUGUUAAUGAAUGUACAAUGGCGGGUAUCUUUGUGGUAAUGAAUGUGCUAUCUAAGUGAUAAUGGCUGUACAGGUGGUGGUAUCUUGGUGGCAAUGACUCUAAAAUUGCUGGUAUCUUAAGGGCAAUGACUGUACGAUGGGUUCAUACCCAUGUAGUGCUAACGGUUCAGGUGCUGAUAUCUAGUUGGUUAUGACGGUACAUAUGUUGGUAUGAAAGUGAUCACUGGACUGUGAAUUGUACCGUCCGGGAGAUAUCACAGAUUAAGGAUCAACUUGAAGGAUUGAUGCGCAAUUGAAAAAAAAAUAUCUUUAAUUAUAUUGCUCUAUCCCCAGUUUCAGAAUUUUCAUUUUUUUUUACUACAGAACGCACGGUGGAACAAUUAAUCUCUGCGCAGAUCUUCUAACUGCAGAUGCUAUUUAUAAAUUAAAAAAAAAAAAAAUUAUUAUUUUGUUGCUGAAAUUUUCAGGUGAAUUGGUAACAAACAGUUCAACGAAUACGCAAGGUUUUAGACCCUUCAUAGGCAUUCUUCAAGAUCAGCCAACCGUCUAUGUUUAGGAUACUAGGAGUAGAGGUGCGUAGCUUUGUUCAAAUGACAACGCACAUAGUCCAACAAAGCCCCUAUGUUUAACAGCAGUUACAUUUAAGGCUGCAUUUUUUUUAAAGUUAGUAUUUUUUCCUACAAGUUUUACAUAUCUUUUACAUGUUUCCUCGGGAUAUCAAGGGAGUGAAGCUUAUAUCUUUUACAUGUUUCCUCGGGAUAUCAAGGGAGUGAAGCUUGAAGAGUGACUUUAUUUUUUUAACUUUUAUGUUAUCUGCCGUGCAUGUGUAAAAAUGCUAGAAAACGACCAACUAUUUAAAUGUAUUCACUUUAUUAUACCUUUAAAACGAAUAAAGUCCAUAUAAAGCAUAAACAAUAACAAUUAAUUCGUUGAAGUUAACAGCGGAGAUAACGUUUAACAGUAUUUAGAAUUAUUUAAUUCUUUUAAUUUAAUAACAAUAUUUAAUUACACCAUUAUGUUCGUUAACAAAUCAUAUUGUAAUUUCAGAAAUUUCACCUGCAUUACUCAAUAUAGAGGAUUCCGAGGAAGAUCAGCAAGAUAAAAAUUAAUUCAAGGCAGUUCCUUUGUCGACCUUGUUAAAAUUGGUGGGGAUGGG